GUGGUAUGCAAUGCUAUCACUAUUAGAGUUUCUUCUUUCGGAUGCGCUAUCAAUAGUGCUAUGCCACAUGAAUAAUGUGAUCAGUCUGUCAGCCUUAUAUGUACGGUAUGCGAUCUCUCUUUGACAGCUUUUCGAUAACACAUGUAUGUUGAGCGCAAUAGAGACUCGCUCUGCUUCGUUCGUCAUCAAAAGCUUUUGCUUGUUUUUUCAGCAAGCUUGCCACCUUCGAAUUUCGGCACAGCAUCGCCUUUGGGUGGCAGAUGGUGGCAACGCGGUAAAGCAUCUUAAGCAUCAACACUGGAAAAGCGCAAUAUCAUUCACAGAUCAAAUAAGUAGUAAGCGCUAAUACCUUUGAAAAAUAAGACCUUUUACCGCAAGUAUGCCAUGUUCGCGACAUGGCAUACUUGCAGUAAGGUAGCUUUAAUUAAAAUGCUAGACAGGCACGAUAACAUAGUAAACCUG